AUGGAUACGCGGAAAGUCGAAUCGACCCAUGAGGAAUAUGCCCCCGCUGAAGAGGUAAAUCCUCGACCGGUGGAAGAUGAAGAGAUUACAAUCUACCAGGUGGGAUGGCGGACAAUCAUGGCCAUUAUCGCUCUUUCAUUUGCGAAUAAUUGCGCUGCUAUCUCAAAUACGACGAAUACAAUUAUUACUUUCCAGAUCGAGGAUCUCGGUUCUGCGUCCCUUGCCUCUUGGAUUGCUAACUCGAAUUUGCUGAUGACGCUUGCAUUUGGUCCUAUCUUUGGCUCCCUUAGCGAUCGAUUGGGAAAGAAAUGGUUUAUCGUUAUCUGUAGCGUGAUCGGAAUCGUUGGCUCUGUCAUAUCAGGUACCGCGCAUGAGACCAAGGUUAUUGUCGCUGGCAAUACUUUGACAGGAUUGGCAAAUGCAGGAUGUAUUAUGGGAAUCCCUGCCGCCCAAGAAGUUACCCCCAACAAGCUCAGGCCAUGGACUAUGGGCUUCUCUCAGGCUUUCGCUAGUAUUAUGGUCAUUGUUGGUACCGUCGCUGCUGGGGCUUUUGUGAAAUAUGAAACUUGGCGCUGGUCCUACUACCUGAACGCCUUUAUCUACGCAACAUCCGCCUCACUGGUCUUUUUCUUUUACCACCCGCCACUGACUGGCAUGCGCCGGCAGCAAGGUGAAUUGCGUGAGAUCCUGGCCAAGGUCGAUUACUUCGGGAUCUUCCUCUUUGCCGGUUCAAUCGCCUCUCUUCUGAUUGCUUUGACCUGGGGCGGUGCUACGUAUGCAUGGUCAUCUCACCAGGUGAUUGCAACUUUAGUUGUCGGUCUCGUCGGACUGCUCGGCUUUGGUAUUUACCAGUGGCGGUUCACCUCGCAGGGCAUCUUCGACCACCGGAUGUUCGAGUCAAGAAACUUUCCUAUCCUGCUAUUCGUGUGUACUGUGGAUGGAAUGCUUCUUCUAGGAGUGAAUGUUCUAUACGCGCAGCAGAUCGCAGCCAUGUUCACCACGGACGCGGUGAAGAUUGCAACUAUCUUGAUCCCUUACCUCGCUACGUCGGCAUUCGGAUGUCUGCCCGCCGGCUGGAUCAUGGCACACACAAAGUCUUACCGUGUCAUGCUGGUUUCUGCGCUGUUAUGGUGCAGUCUGUUUACCGGACUUAUGGCUCUCAUCACGCCUGAUCGACUCAGCUGGGCCUAUGCUUUUUCGUCCCUAUUUGGCAUUGGAACAGCAGUUACCACGGUCAUUCCCGUUGUCGCCAUGGGCUUAUCUGUUCCGUCCUUCCUGCUUGGAACAGCGGGCACCAUCAGCGUAUCAUGUCGGGCUCUUGGUGGAAUCAUUGGAAUUACGAUAUUCACUACAAUAUACGAUAAUAAGAUCGGCUCGGCAUUGGUUCAGGAUGUUGGAUCCGUAUUGAUUGCCUCCGGUAACGGGAAUCUUACUGGCAAUGUCGUCGAGGCUCUUCAAAGCACCAACCCUUACGCCCUCGAUCUAGUAUCAGGUUUGCCCCAGUCACUGGUACCCGCCAUCCGUGGUGCGCAGGCCGCCGCAGUGACGUAUUCUUGGAAGUAUGUCUGGAUUGCAAUCUGUGCUGUCGUGGCAGCCAAUGCGUUGGUUGCACUUUCGUUGCAGUCUGUGGCAAAGAAAAUGACGGACCAUGUUGAGUCUGCGCUGGAGAAGUCAACAGUUCGUGAUAAGCAGAUGAUGGUUGUGCAUUAA